CAGACGCAGAGCUUGUUGGACAGAAAAAGAGGGAACAUACGAUUGUUCCUUUUGCGAGAUAGAUGGAUGGCCGGUCGUCCCGACCGGCGACUGACAACUGGCACCUAACAGAAGAGUGGUGCGCCCCGGCCACGGGAAGAAGCGGGAGAUUCGAUUGUGGGGAAGGAGGAAGGCGGGGGAACAGCAAUAGAAUGCAGGACCGUCCUGCGCGCUGGGAAUCGUGUCCGACAUCGAGGAGGCGAGAGCGGCGGGGUGUGGGAGGCAGGAAAGGAGGGAGGAGAAGCGCAGGGCGAUGCGUGCAGGCCAGCGACGAAGGUUGGUCAGUGACGCGGUCGCGGCCCCGACUUGGCGUGUGCGACGAGGAGGAGCAAGGACGAGACAGAAAACACGGAGAAGGACAGUAUCCUUUUGUUUUCAGCCGCGCCCUCGGGCCGGGUCGCUCUGGACAGGAAAGAAUCGCGGCAGGGCAAAGCACAUAGCGAGCACUGACUGAAGAGGAGAGUAUCGCCCGGCCCCGGCCCGACAACUUGCCGAUCGACGUCAUCAUCGCCCCCAAUCUAUUCCCAGACAGACGCGGAUUGAUAAGUCGCGCUCCCGUGGCGGAUAUAAACCCCUUCUCCCCCCAUCCUACACAAAGAAAGCGACCGCAACAUGUCCGGCGAACAAGUCAAGAUGGAGUUCGACCCAAAGAACAUGCCCUUCCGCCAGCUCGGCUCGAGCGGCCUGCGCGUCCCGCUCUUCUCGCUCGGCGGCUGGCUCACGCUCGGCGGCACCGUCGUCGGCGACCCCGUCAAGGAAAUCAUCAAGGUCGCGUACGAGAACGGGAUCAACAUGUUCGACACCGCGGAGGCGUACGCAAAGGGCAAGUCCGAGCUCGAGAUGGGCCGCGUGAUCAAGGAGCUCGGCCUGCGCCGCACGGACCUCAUCGUCACCACCAAGAUCUUCUGGGGGCCGCGCGACGGCCCGAACGACAAGGGCCUGUCCAGGAAGCACAUCAUCGAGGGCACGCGCGAGUGCCUGCAGCGCCUCCAGCUCGACUACGUCGACGUCCUCUUCGCGCACCGCCCCGACCCGACCGUGCCCAUGGAGGAGACCGUCCGCGCGUUCCACUGGGUCAUCGAAAAGGGCUGGGCCCUGUACUGGGCCACCUCCGAGUGGUCCGCGCGCGAUUUCGAAGAGGCUAUCCACAUCGCGGACAAGUACGGCCUGCACAAGCCCGUCGCGGAGCAGUGCCAGCACAACAUGUUCCACCGCGAGCGGCCCGAGAAGGAGUACCUGCCGUUGUACAAGAAGUACAAGAUCGGCACGACGGUGUGGAGCGCGCUCGCGAGCGGGCUGUUGACGGGCAAGUACAACGACGGCGUCCCGCCCGGCUCGCGCUUCGACCUCAACAAGGACUUCUUCAAGAACACGCUGCAGGCGCUCACCGAGCAGGAGGGGCUCGCGAAGAUCGAGAAGGUGAGGAAGCUCACGGGGGUCGCGCAGAAACUGGGCUGCACCCCGACACACCUCGCCCUCGCGUGGGUCGCCAGGCACCCGACCACGUCCACCGUCAUCCUCGGCGCGUCGCGCCCCGAGCAGGUCCUCGACAACCUCCGCGCGAUCGACGUCGUCCCGCGGAUCACGCCGGAGGUGGAGGCGGAGAUUGAGGGGAUAUUGGGGAAUCGGCCGGAGGGAUAUGCGACGUACGGCCGCCCGCCGCUCGACCCCCACGGGCGCGACCCGAUCUACUAGGCGCGCCACCGCGCCUCCGUCACGUUGGCGGGCUCGAGAUAGGGAGAAGGGAGAAGAGGGAUGGGCUGGGUGCGCGGAGGGACAAGCGGAACGCAGGGCAAGAAGGAAGUAAAAGUGAAUUGUGUGUAUGUAUCGUUAGGCUCGUAUGGCAUUCGAUGUGCCGUGGUUAGGGUUCGCGUUCCCGCCGGAUCGGAUGCCCAGCUAGUUAUGUGAAGAAGGCGGUACGGACGUCAAAUUUGCACCCCCUG